AUGGCCUCUAGUCUGAAAAAUUUCAUUCAUUCCUUGGAUCCAAAAUCUCUUCCUAGGAUACUGCAGAUUCAGUCUGGUUUUUAUGAUGAAGGCUCAAUUUAUGAGACGUUUGGCCAUGAAAGCUGCUUGUCAACUGGAGAUGUGAUUAAAGUUGUUGCAUUAAAAGUUAAAAAACUCAAUGCAAGUAAAUGUGAAUGUGAAGAUCAUAGCCUGUGUUCUCCUACUACAGUGGAACUACCUCUAAAUUUUCCAGGGCUUUGCAGGUUAGUGGUGGAUAGAACUCCCUAUGUUAACGUUGAAGAAAUUUUGAGAAAAGUUUGCAUUGGACCAACACAACUACAACAUCCUUGCUUCUACUGUUCUGGAGAUCUAGAAGUAGAAAAUAUCAGCAUCAACCAGGGUGAGAAGAUCAUAUUCAGUUCUGUGGAAGACAACAAUGGGACAUUGACUGUCAGUUGCAGAGUGCAGAGGAAUGACCAACGGCAUGCCUUUCUUUUGCCAAUCUCACAAAAAGGGGAUUUCUAUGAAUCAGAAGAUAACCAGAUUUAUUCCCUGAAAGAGGUUGCUGAAUGGAAAAUCCCAAAGAGCAGAUGCAGACAUGUGGUAUUUACUAAUAUUUGCAAUAAGUUCCCUGUGGAUUUUGAUGGCUGUGUUGUUCUAUCACCGAUAUAUGAAGUACAAGCAGUGAUGAAAUUUCAAAAAGAAAUUGUUCACUUCCUUUCUGAUUUAGACGUUGAAGUCAAGGAUGUAACAGACUGUUACAAUAUUAACAGUUUUCUUCAGCCACUGUCAAUGGAAGACAUAUUAAAGAGGACAAGCAAGGAUUUUCCUAUUGUUGUUGCAGUAAUUGAAGGGCCCAGUGGAAACAAGCAACCAUACAAUUUAUUGUGCCCCGGCAGAGAGAUAGUCAUUUACAAAAAGCACCAGGCAAUAAGAAUCUUAGCUUCUGAGAUAAAGAGUGAUUUCCAAAAAAGACACUUUUUAAUUCCUACCAGCUACAAAGGGAAGUUCAAAAGAAAACCCCGGGAAUUUCCAACUGCCUAUGACCUAGAAAUAGCAAGGAGUGGGAAGGAGGAACUUCAUGUUAUAGCAACAAAAGCUUUUCAGUUUCCUCAUGAAGAACAGUGUUCAGUCUCGAUUGGAGACCAGUUUUUAGUCCCACGGUGCCAGACAAGUGAAGUUGAUCAGAAAAGGAAGAAAGUGGAGAAUGCUUUGGCCUGUGAACAAAUUCUUUCACCAAAUAAAACAUACAAGAAAGUGUUUCUUCCCAUGUGCAUGGAAGGCAGCUUUGUGGAAAUUGUCCACGAUAAGAAACAGUAUGAACUUUUGGAGGUUUGCAAAGAUUUCUGCAUGCCAUGCAAUGUCAAAGUCUCCAUAAGAGAUCUUUCUAUACAAGAGGACAUUUUGGCUGGUAUACAAAGUCUGCAGCUCGAAGAAGAGAUCACAGAUACUUAUUUGUUAAUUAGCAACUUCAGUAACCCCACAGAAAUCUGGGAAGUUCCUGUGCACCGUGUAAAUAUGGCCGUCCAGUUGCUCAGUAAAGAUGCUGAAGAUAUUGUGCCUUUCCCAGUGAAUAAUAUUGUGGAAGAGAUUACAGAAGCACAGUAUUGCAUGAUAAGAAGGUACGAAAUGCAAGCCAAAAACCCACCGCCCAGGCCUCCUAAAGCCCCUACAAUAGAAGAAUCAAAUACAUCUUUUCCCACUAUAUCAGCUCAAAAUUCUUUGGAUACACCAAGACGUAUAAAGGUAGGAAGAACGUUGUGUUUUUGA